AUGAGCACCGCGACGACCACAGAGGACUCAUUUAACGCCAGCCACGCAUGGCCCAGCGACGACCACCUUCAAAUUCGACUGCCCGGGGGACAGGCGCCGACAAUCGCAUCAACGAGCUCCUCCAGUCCUCAUUUAACAUCGACGUCUCCGUUACCACCACGCUCGAGCACCGAUUCUGAGGGUAGACCGCCAUAUUCGCCGCCGUGGAAUGACUCAGUCUCCCUGGAACGUCGGGAUACCCUGGCCACGAUUCAAAGCGUGGACCCACCCAAUUUGAUGGAACCGGGGUUUGACGAGAGCGUACUGAGGCAACUGUGCGAGCUGGAUUGCGGUGUUCCAUUACUCUUGGAUAGAAUCAAACAAAGUGUUGUCUCGUGCAGGGAGGCAUCCAUAUUCUUCAAAAAGCGGGCUGCCAUCGAAGAGGAAUAUGGCAAGACGCUACAGAAAUUGGCGCGAACGACAGCAGAGGUGUACGCCUUAAACGAUGGAAAGGCGGGAACAUUUGUCUCUGCUUGGAUGACCACCAUGAGGGUGCACGAGAUGAUGGCAGAGAAUCGCCUGCGAUUUGCUCAGCGAUUGAACGAGAUGAGCGAAGAACUUGCAACGUUGGUGAAGGAGGUUGACAAGAAUCGGAAACAGACGAAAGACCUUGCCUCAAGAUAUGAACGUGCCCUACACGAGUCAGAAGCUGCCACUGAAAAGUGCAAGAAUCGCCUCGACUUCUCCUCAGAAGAACUGGAGCGCUUGUUGUUGCAGAAGGAGGGAGAGUCCUUCAAGGACACCGCAGUUAAGGCUCAUAGUGGAGGCGUUGGAGGUAAACGGGCUAUCGGAAAGGCAGUCGCUAAAGGCGGGCUUCUCUUGAAGGGCAAAAAUCCAGGAAACAUUCAGCGCCAGGAAGACGAUAUCAGAGGAAGAGUCUCUGCGGCCUCGGACCAAUACCGCAAAGCAGUGACAGAUACCCAAGCAAUGCGACAGGAGUACUUCAAUCUCCAACUCCCUCGUAUAUUACGGUCUUUAAAAGAAUGCGCGGACGAGGUUGAUCUCGGGACGCAAUAUCAUCUGACACGCUAUGCGUUUUUGUUUGAAAGCAUUGUGUUAAGUGACGGGUCCACUCUUGUCCCUACAGCUGACGAGGGCGUCGGGCUCAAAGCGACAAUUGAAACGAUAGACAACCGGGGCGACUUUAGGACCUACAUGCAGAACUAUGUUUAUGCACGCGGGGGUAUGAGUGCAGCAAGACGACCAAAGCGUGAUGGACCAUCGCAAGACUAUAUUCCGCCGGUGAAUGUGUAUGGAGGUCCAAAUUACGCCGCUCAGAACAAUGCACCAAAUGGAAUAGUUGGCUUACAAGACAAAGGUCGGCCUACAUUUGGUGUCGAUCUCGCCGAACAAAUGGCGAGAGAUAAUGUAGAAGUGCCUCUCGUGGUCGUCAAAUGUUGCCAGGCCAUAGAGAAGUACGGGAUCCGGUCACAAGGCAUAUAUAGGGUCAGCGGAAUGUCAAGCAAGGUCACAAACCUUAAACAGCGCUUAGACAAAGACUUGGAUUCGGUCGAUCUGGAUGCUCCUGAAUGGUCGGGAGAUAUCAACACUGUGGCCAGUGUUCUAAAGAUGUGGCUGCGUGAAUUGCCGGAUCCACUCAUGACGAACCACCUCCAUCAAGGUUUCAUAGACGCUGCCAAAAUCGAGAACGAUCGCCUUCGCCACAUUCGACUUCAUGAAAGAGUCAACGAUCUUCCUGAUCCCAACUACUCUACAUUGAAAUACUUCCUCGGCCACCUACAACGGAUCACACAACACGCCGAAGAAAAUUCGAUGUCCGUACAGAACCUUGCAAUUGUAUUUGGGCCGACCCUCUUCGCUCAAUUGCUACCCGGGCAUGAAGGCGGUGCCAUGGCAGAUGCAUCAUUUCAAAACCAAGUCCGCAUCCUCUCCUUCCUUUGA